AGCAGACGAGAGCCUGAGCGCCUUGUCCGAUAGCGUCCCUGUUUCUACCCCUCACGCGUCUCAAGAUUCUGCAACACCCUCAGGUUCUAGAUCAGAAACAUCGCAACCCGCACUUAUCACCAAGACUACAUAGGAUGGCUGGCUCAAACGAAGAAGGAGGUCCUCGUCGAAGCACUCGUAUUGCGGCACGGCCCCAAAGUGCUUCUGAUGCCGAUAAGCAGAAGCCCGAACCCAAAGCUACGAAGCCAAAGGAAGCCAAAAGCGACAAGAAGCCUGCCGCAAAGGCCGCCACUACCGACUCCAAACCUGCAGAGAACGGCAAGCCUGUGGCUGAUGCGGAGGAAACUAAGGCUGCUCCUAAGCGAAAGGCGAAGGACUCUGUGGAUCCGAAAACGAGCGAUGCCGCACCCGAAGGGAACGUGGCUGAAGGUGCUGGAGCUAAGAAACCGAAGACGACGGUCAACGUUCUGAAGGUUGGCGAUACCGUUCCGCAGGAUCUCACUGUCGAGGAUCAGGACGGCAAGCAGCACAAAGUGAUCGACCUAGUCAAGAGCACCGGUGCUGUCUUCUUCAUGUAUCCUAAGGCGAAUACCCCCGGGUGCACUAACCAGGCCAAGGGCUUCAAGGAGAACUAUGAGGAGUUCAAGAAGGGCGGUUAUGCUGUUUACGGCCUUUCAGCUGAUUCCCCCAAAGCUCAGACUAGCUGGAAGAAUAAGCUCGACCUUCCUUACACCCUCCUCUGUGACCCUGAGUACCACGUCAUUAAGGCGUUUGGUGCUUACGCUGAUCCCAAGAAGAUCGUCCGCUCCCACGUUGUCGUUGGCAAGGGCGGAAAGCUUGUCGAGACCCAAAUCCAUGUGAGCCCUGCCGCCAGCGUCACCGAGGCCUGUGCUUUCGUCAAGAAAGCCGUCAAAUGAGGGCUCGACUAUCUGAGCAUCGGACCAUGAAUGAAAGUGGGAUAUAAUAUAGCAGGCUUUCUUUGUAUAUUACGGACUUUCCCUCGCGAUGUAAAUAAUGAUCCCAAUAGCAAGCAAAUGUGCGACCAUUUUAUAAAAUGAAGCAGA